AAGGGGCAGGCAGAUUAGGCAGCUAUACAGUUCGGUUAGAGUUCGUACUGCGUACGUUUUUUAUUUAGCACUUAUUUUCCACAGGGACAAGAUAUUAUUAAUUCUUCAUGUCAGCAUAAGGUCGUGUGAACCGUGACGCGUCUCAGGCUAACUUAGCUUACUAGCUGCUGCUAACAAAGAGACGCGGAAGUUAUCAACAUAUCGCGAAGCAGAGAUCAGAUGUGAGUGUAAAGUGUUGUGACUGUGAAAAUGUGUAAAGUACAAAUGCUGAGAGCGUUGGUGAAUCAGCGACUAACUGUGGCUGUUGAAGAAAUAUUUCAAGUGUUAGAAAGAACGAUAGCAGAGUACGAGGAGGAACUUUCUCGAAUAAAAGAGGAUAACGAGCGACAACGUCAACUGCUGGACUUCGUUUUCAAGAAAUCUCAAGUUGUGUUACACAGAGCAGACGUCAGUGAAGAACAUCUUUCCCCUGAGCAGCAGGAGUGGAGCUUCAGGAUGAAGCAAGAGGAGCCACAGCUCCUCCAUGUUAAAGAGGAAGAGGAGGAUCACAGCAUCAGUCAGGAGGGAGAGCAUCUUGAAGGACUGGAGGAGUUUGCAGUGAUUUGUGUCCCUGUGAAGAGUGAAGAUGUUGAAGAUAAAGGUCAAAGUGAGGAGGAGAGAGAGGUGGAGCCUCCAAGCGGCAGCCCAACUCAACACAUGACAACAGAAGCUGAUGGAGACCACUGUGGAGGAUCACAGGCAGGCUGUCUCUUCGCUCCACUAUCAGAUAGUGACGACACAAGGUCACACUCUGCUGAUACUGAUGAUGAAGACUCUAAAGCCGAUAUGACAUGUAACACUGACAACACACUCUUUAAAUGCUCUCAGUGUGAGAAAACCUUUAAUGAAGGUUGUAAUCUGAAAAGACACAUGAGAACUCACACAGGAGAGAAACCAUACGUCUGCUCGGUUUGUGGUAAGAGAUACUCUCAGAAGGGAAAUUUGACAAUACACACAAGAACGCACACUGGGGAGAAACCUUUUUCCUGUUCCAAGUGUGGUAUAGGUUUUGUACGAAGUCAACAUUUGACAAUGCACAUGAAAAUACACACUGGAGAGAAACCAUUUACCUGCUCAGUCUGUGGUUUAGGUUUGAGACGAAAUCAAGAUUUGAAAAAACACAUGAGAAUACACACUGGGGAAAAACCUUUCACCUGUUUCGUCUGUGGCAUAAGUUUUGUACGAAAGCAAGAUUUGAAAAGACACACACGAAUACACACCGGUGAAAAACCUUUUACCUGUUCAGUGUGUGGUAUAGGUUUUAGCCGGAAUUAUUAUUUGAAGACACACAUGAGAAGACACACAAUGGAGAGAAACCAUUUUCUUGUUUAAUCUGCAACAAAAGCUAUUGUAUCCGAAUAACAUUUGUUUCGUGUUUAUUUGAUGAAAGAUUCUCUUGUAAGUACCGGAGUAACAAUCACAAGUGUGCUGGUGAGACCAGCAGCAGGAAAUUAAGCUGCAAGAUUAAAACUUUGACUUUUCUAACCUCAUCAGCACAUAAGAUGUGGCAUUAUUGUGUGUGUGUGUGUGUGUGUGUAAAACACAAUAUUGUUAAUAUGCUUCUACCAUUUAAAUGCAACACAAGUAGAAAAAACGAUGAUGGUGGUAAUUAAUUCCUUUAAUUUUUUUGCGGAAUUAAUGCAUAGCAUCAUGGCAAGUCGCACCUCUCUGUUAUGAUGACAGACGGCAGCGCUGUGUAGCUCCCCACCCUGUGCUGCUCUUUAACAAGCUUAUUCUGACCUGAACACAUCAACAGCAGUGCAAUUCCAACACUGUAUGUAUCUCCAAUUCACAAACACACAUAAGCUUCAGAACAUCACUUCCUUAUUGUCACUACUACCACCGCUAGAUGCGUUCACAGACACUCCGAACAUCACAACGUCUGCCAUGCGCGUAUGUGUGGUCUAAACAAACAGAAAUGCAAAGAAAAAAGUGGAUAUUCUUAUAUAGUAUACUUGUAAUAGCAUGCUUUCCUGCUCGGAAAUCCCUGAAAAUAAAGUCAAC